AUCACUUAGCUUAAUAACAAUCUGUCUUAUUGAGAAAAAAAAAUCAAAAUAUAUUCAAAACUUACGAAAAUUAAAUGGUGAUAUUCUAAAUGUGAUAAUUAAUAGAAGAUGGCUGCAAAACUAUUCAUCCGACUGUUCCCUUCAAGUGUGUGGAAAAAUUUAAAAUCAAUAACAAACAUUACAAGAUCAUUGUCAAAUGAUUAUGUGCGGGUUGAUGAAGUGGGCGAUAAAGGAAUACUAAUGUUGAAUCGGGGAAAUGCAAUGAAUGCAACGAACCUUGAUAUGCUUGAAACACUUUCAACAAAUAUAAAGAAUUGGAGUAAUCAAAAAUCGUUGAUAAUUGUUAAAGGUGUUGCAGGUAAAGCAUUUUCGGCCGGCGGUGAUUUAAGAUCGUUGGUUGAAUCUUCGAGUGAUGUCAGAAGAAAGAUAUUUCGAACCGAGUACGAAAUGAAUCAUGUGAUUGCAAACUUGGAAACACCGUACAUAGCUUUUAUCGAUGGCGUCACAAUGGGUGGCGGUGUCGGUAUUUCAAUAUAUGCCGACUAUUGUAUUGCAACUGAAAACACACUUUUUGGAAUGCCCGAAUCGUCUGUUGGUCUUUUUCCUGAUUGUGGAUCAUCAUACUUCUUCCCUAGACUUAAUGAGAAAAUUGGUUAUUAUUUGGGUCUAACUGGUUUCCGGUUGAGAGGUCCAGAUGUGUUACACGCUGGCAUUGCCACUCAUUAUUGUGACAGUGCAAAAAUUCCAGAGAUGGAAAAGGCCUUACUCAGUUUAAAAGAUGCGAAAAAUAUCGGGAGCGUUAUUGAUGACUAUUGCCAAACGCCUCAAACCGAAUUCAUAUUGACAAAGCACCUUGAUCAGAUCAAUAAAUGCUUUGAUGCCUCUUCGGUAGAAGAAAUUCUGGACAAUUUAGAGAAAGAUAAUAGCGAAUGGGCGAAACAAACAAUCAAUAUGCUUCGGAAACUUUGUCCGACAAGUUUAAAAAUUAUCUUCCGUAAUUUGGAACUCGGAAAAAAUUUAUCAUUAGGAGAAUGUUUACAGAUGGAAUACCGCUUGGCGCUUCGUUUGAUUGCCGGAAAGAACUUUCAAGAGGGUGUUCGAGCCCUGCUAAUAACUAAGGACAACAAUCCCAACUGGGAUCCAUCACGCAUCGAAGAUGUUACCGACGAAUAUUUAUCAUCAUUCUAUAAACCAUUGCCAAAUAAUGAGGAACUGCCGAUAGAUGUUAAAUUGAAUGAGGAUUUUCAUAACCUGACACCAAACAAAUAAAGCGACAAUUUUAAGUAAUAAAUAAUAAUGUAUAAAGAAAUUAUUCUUCAUUUUUACACGUGAAUGGAAAAAGCAA